CAAAUAGGGAAUGCCAGUGCGUGUCAGCAAGGUGUAGUGUCAAUCUGCGGUUAUUUAAAAUUUAGGAUCGUUUAUUACGGUGUGUAUUUUUGUGGCUGCAUCUCAUUUGCAUUACUUCUCGAUAUUCGACGUCCACUGCUGGACAAAGUAUCAAGUAUGAGGUACCUGGUCCUCAUAACUGUGGUCUUAGCAAUAGCCGCAGCCAGGCCGGAGAUGUAUAGAGAGAAAGAAGACUUCCAGUAUUCUAGAAGUUCAAGUGAUGAAGGUUCCAAAUCAGGGUAUUAUGGUGCGCAAAGAGGAAAUAUGGGCGGGAAUUACGAAAAAGCACAUAAUAUGGAUUCUUUAGCUCAACAUCAAAUGAGCGGUCUCAUCCACCAAGUCGAUGGCGAAUUGGGAGAAGGUUCUAAUACAAAAAGUGGCAGUGUUUUCACUGCUGCAAAUUCCAGAGGAAUGUAUGGAUCAGGUCAUUAUGACACGAGUAAUCUUGAAGGACGUAACUUCCAAGAGGGAACAUCUUUUGGAAAUUCUCAUUCCCAAAGUGCUCUAACAAAUUCGGCAUACAGGGAUCAAACAUCUAGAGAGAACAGAUACAGUAAUAGCAAUAGUUAUUCACACAGCUCUAGACAUAGUAAUUCCGAACAGUCUGAAUAUGAACAGCGGGAAGGAGUACAAAGUAGUAAUCUGAGAUCUGGAGAUAGAUCAUACCAACAAGAAUAUGGAACCUACGAUGGUUCUUCAAGACUAACACACUCGACCUCUCCUUAUCAAAAUAGGCUAGUAAGCACUAGGCCCAUGAGAAUUUUAUUACGUCCAGGUACUAGAACAACAAUUCCUAUUGCUACGCAAACCUAUGAUGCUGAGCACAGCGCAUCUUCUUACGAUGCGUCAGAAUACAAUAAAAAUGCUGCUAAAAGUGAUGCAGAACUUAUUACACACAAUGCUCAUUCUAGUAGUGUUAACAAUGUCCCUGAAAAUAAGCACUAUGAAUCAUCAUACAGUUAUCACAAAGAAUGGGAAAAACAUCAUAGUAACCCCGGUGUAGCUCCACUCGGUAUCGACACGGAUCGUUCACUUCCAAAAACUAGUGAAUUAUACGAUGAUUCACAACAAACGCAAGCUUAUAACAGUAGAAAUCAACAAUAUACAUCGAAUGCAGCAGGUUCUCAUCAUAAUCAUCAUUCAAGCAACUCAUAUGGAUACAAUACAAAAAGUAAUUCAGCUUCAUCCAGUCACUCAAGGCAGCAAUCUGAAUAUGAUAUACAACGCGAAAAUUUAUCGUCUGCCUUAAAUUCUAUUGUUGGUAAUGGUCAUCAAUCUAACUACGAUGCUGAUUAUGUAAACCAACAAGGAACAACGAAUUCUAAGCCGAAAAGCUAUCAGUCAUCAUAUUCAUAUCAUAAAUCAUGGGAAAGGCAAGGAGAUCCCUAUGUCAUAGUGCCAGUUCCAGGUGGUCAAAACGGUCAAGAAUCACAAAGACUAAUUGCUGCAUCUAACACUCACAAUGGCUAUUCAUCUCAUCAAUAUGGUGCUAAUCACAAGCAAUCACAUCAAAGUUAUUCAAGCAGUAAUGGAUUAAUGGAUUGUGAUUGUGAUGAAGAAGGACAUGUCCGUGUUGCCCGGUCUUACAAUAGUGAUCAAGAACUACAACAGCAAAAUGGAUGGGAAGAUUUUGGACAACAUUCACAGAAUCAGUGGGACACACAGAGUCAGGAUUUAGGACAGCAAUCACAAAACCAAUGGGAUAAAAUAGAAGAUUUGGGACAACAUUCACAGAAUCAGUGGGAUACUCAAAGUCAGGAUUUGGGACAGCAGUCACAAAACCAGUGGGACAAAAUUGAAGAUUUAGGACAGCAUUCACAGAACCAAUGGGAUACUCGAAGUCAGGAUUUGGGACAGCAAUCACAAAACCAAUGGGAUAAAAUAGAAGAUUUGGGACAACAUUCACAGAAUCAGUGGGAUACUCAAAGUCAGGAUUUGGGACAGCAGUCACAAAACCAGUGGGACAAAAUUGAAGAUUUAGGACAGCAUUCACAAAACCAAUGGGAUACUCAAAGUCAGGAUUUGGGACAGCAAUCACAAAACCAAUGGGAUAAAAUAGAAGAUUUGGGACAACAUUCACAGAAUCAGUGGGAUACUCAAAGUCAGGAUUUGGGACAGCAGUCACAAAACCAGUGGGACAAAAUUGAAGAUUUAGGACAGCAUUCACAAAACCAAUGGGAUAAAAUAGAAGAUUUGGGACAACAUUCACAGAAUCAGUGGGAUACUCAAAGUCAGGAUUUGGGACAGCAGUCACAAAACCAGUGGGACAAAAUUGAAGAUUUAGGACAGCAAUCACAAAACCAAUGGGAUAAAAUAGAAGAUUUGGGACAACAUUCACAGAAUCAGUGGGAUACUCAAAGUCAGGAUUUGGGACAGCAGUCACAAAACCAGUGGGACAAAAUUGAAGAUCUUGGCCAACACUCUUACAACGAUAGGGGCAAACCGGAUUCAUUUGAUCAACAAUCACAAAGCAAUGUUAACCAAGAACAAACUAAACGGAAUAAAUUAAAGAAAUCACAUAAACAGUCAAAUACAAACAACCAUGAAUCACAGGAUGCAGACGAUUUAUUUAAACCUUUAGAUGAUCAAUCACUAUUCAACCCUAAUAUUAAUACAUUUUCUGAGGUUGAAACACACUAUACUGACAACGGGCUAGAUAAAGAAGAAACGGUUCAUGACCAUAAAUACUUACACCAACACGUACCUGACCAGACAAGAAACAAUGAAAGAGAUCAACAUGCGUCUAUCAAUAAUUUGUGGGACAGGUUAGACAGUUUAGAUAAAGAAUCUUCACUUAACUUUAAUACACAUAAUUAUCACGCAGAAAAUAACAUUUAUAUACCUUUUUCACAAAAAGUAACAACUGCUACAGAUGUCUCAUCUGAAACACCUGACAAAACUAAAAGUCAUCCGAAAGAUUUUGGCCGUGGUGAUAUAGAAACGGAAAAUUCCGAAUUCGAAACAUCUAUAUCAAAUACUGAAAGAACAAAUUUUUAUUUAAAUGCAGAUUCUAACUUAAACAACAAAAAUAUCCACAGGGCAAUACAAAUAGAAGGAUCAAGUUUAUCAUCAAAUAAUCAAGCAAAUACGACACGCGGAAAUUCUGCACAACAAACCAAUAAUAAUUCUAUGGAAUCCAUUCCCCAACAAAUUGAAGAAAUAAAUGAUAAAAAAAUAAUAAAACCUAAAAUCAACAAAAUUAACGAAAAGAGAAUAACCCAAAAUAACGACGACCUUAUAUCGAAAAAAGUAACUUCAGACCUACAUAGUAUAAAUCAACUUGAAAGCAAAGAUAAUAUUAAUCAAAUAAAGCUUCAAGAUUUAAGCGCGCCUGAUGAAAGCUUUGAUAAAAGUAAUCAAAGAGAUUUAGAACAACAUAGCAUGGCGCAGGACGAUCAAAAUUAUGCUAGUUUUGUUCAAUAUGACUCAAACCAUUACUUUGAAAAAUUAGGAGCUUUUAGUGAAAAUUAUGGUCAGCAUAACGUGAACCAAAACUUUGACAAUAUUUAUCCACAGAUUGAAAACUUAGAUCAGCAGAUUGUAUAUGAAGAUAACAGUGGACAUUCUAGUGAUAAUCAAAAAAGUUUAAAAGAUGACUUUAAAAAUAAAAAAAAAAAUCGCAGAAUUAUGGCACAGGAUGGUCAUAGUUUUGAUAUGGUUGGAGAAGAGUUUGAUCACGCACAAUCAAAAGACAACUUUAUGGACGUCAGCACAAUAAAUGAAAACUUUGAUCAUCAGAGUGUUAAUCAACAGUAUGAGACCUUCGAUCAGCAACACGAAAACUUAGACCAACAUGAAAUAGAACAAAAUUUACAGAAUUUUGAUCAAUCAAAUGACAAUUUUGACCAAGAAAAUUUAAACCAAAACCUUUAUGGCACGAGCAAGCUUUACGAAACAUUUGACCAGCAGAAAGAAAAUCCUUAUAAUGACAAAGGACAUAGCAAUGAUGAAGUCAGCUUUUAUAUUCAAAAUUUUGGCAAGCCUGAUCAACAAAAAUCGAAGCCAAAUGAAAUUAAUAACAAGUUGGAUGAAAAUGUCGAACCACCCAGAGAAAUUUUCGUGCAGCAAAACUUUGAUCAUACUGGUCACGAAAGGGAUACAUCAGUAAUAGAAAAAAAUAGGCAAGAAUAUUCAGAUCAAUCCAUCUCACUUAAUGAUCUGCAAGAAAAUAAAGAAAUAUAUAAUCCAUUGUCUGCACUUGGUGAACAGAAUAUAGUUACAACUACCAUAACACCUGAACCAGAACAAAUAGGAUUUUGGGCUUCAGUUGGAAAAAAAAUUAAUAAGGCCAAAGAUAAAGUAACUUCCUGGUUUCGGAAAACACCUGAAAAAUAACUGAAAGUAUUUAGCAUUACUAUGUCAUGUAUUAUAUUAAUAUUUAAAUUAAUUAUAUCUUUAUUAAUAUAUAAUAACUUACUUCAGGUAGUCCAUGGUAGUACUUUAUGAAUGCUUGUUGCUGAACAGAAUCUGAAAAAACGAAAUUUUUUUUUUGUAAAAAGUUAUGUUUAAUAUAUAACACUUAUUUACCAGAUUAUUGUUUUAUUAUUUAAAAUAAUCUUAGUUACUAUUUUUAAAAAGUGUUUUAUUAUUUUAAUGCUUCUCUAACUAGAAUAAAAAACUUUGUUUUAAUUAAACCUUGCAUUGUUUAAAAGAUUGAGUUUUGACUAAGAUUGAUUGAAUUAUAAAUAAGAAUCUAAUUCAUGACAAAAUGGAUCUAAUUCAGUUAUGCCUUAUAUCAUAUUUAAAAAGGAGUCAACAACUCCACUUAUAAUGACCGAUCACAUUUAAAGACGGAUUUCCACGCAUAUUGUCCUAUUAUAAGGACGUGCACAAAAACGUAAACGCACAAAACGUAAACAAAUCGAAGUUAUUAGCAACAAAAGCUAUCCCUGCCCCGCGCACCCACCUUGCCUGUGCAUCGCGGAUGGUUUGUUUUUUUUUUAAUCUUUUUUAUUGUAUUACAAGCACUGAAGGCUGCAGAAGAACUGGCUUUGUUUGUGCCUUCUGAUUUUGAAGACAACAACAUGAAAAGUAUUUUCUCAAUUGCAUAAUGCAGUCCGUACUUCUUACUAUAAAAAUAAGAAACAAAAAUAAUCAGAAAUUACAGACUAAUUGCAGUAGGUGUUGUGUUGUUUUAAAUUACAAAUAGAUUAAUUUAUAAUUUCUUUUCAUUCUUAGUACACUUUUGUACCAUAUAUGUAUGCAUAUUAUUAAGUGAAAUAAAUGAAUAUUUUUA